AAAAGCGAUUGGAUUUGCGCAAAAAUUUGAAGAUUAUCAGAGUUUUGAAGGGAGAGAUGGCAGCCUCGAAAGGUUCAAGAAUUGCUUCACUUAUAUUAAGAAUUCUGACUUUUGUUUUGAUCUUCAUUUCUCUGUUAAUCAUCGCCACCAAUUCUAAAACCGUGCUCAAAGGAACUGAAGCCGAAGCAAAAGUUGAGUUUAAAGAUGUUUAUUCCUAUCGGUACUUGACGGCAGCUGCUGUUAUAGGAGCUGCUUUGAGUUUGUUGCAAAUUGCUCUCACCCUUUACCAUGUCGUUACCAAAAGUGAUGGAACUCCCUUCUUCGAUAUGUUCAGUGAUAAGCUCUUGACGUACCUUUUAUUAUCGGGCGCCUCGGCGGGACUGGGCGCUGGAAUCGAUCUGAGAUCGAACUAUAAAGAUCUAGUUGGCAACAUUUUCAACUCAUUUUUCGACAAGGGCAGUGCCUCAGCUGCUAUUCUUCUCCUUGCCUUUAUUUGCAGUGCCGUCGUCUCUAUUCUCUCUUCCUUGGCCCUCGUCAGAAAACCCUAAUUAAUUUUCAUUUCUUCCAUUUUAAUUUCCAUAAAGCUUUUUUUUUUCUUUCUUUUGGUUUGUGUUUAAACAUUUGUAAUGUUGGAGUGCAUUUGCUGAAUUAUGUAUUUAACCCCUCUUCUAUAAUAUAUGUUAGUGCUAUGGUUUAGCUUGUUUAUUAUUUAAAUUA